AUGUCCAUUCAAGGACUAUCCCUGAUUUUUCCUUUGUUGUUUAUCUGCUUCUUCAAGGAGAGUUUCUGCAUUUGUGAUGGAACCAUCUGGACAAAGGUUGGAUGGGAAAUUCUUCCAGAAGAAAUGCAGUAUCUGAAAUUUAAGCCUUCUCCAUCUUACUGUCUACCUUACCCUCUGAACAAACUAUGCUGCAAUUUUGCUAAUAUGGAUAUAUUUCAGGGUUGUUUACAUCUCACUUAUACUUUAGUGCAAGCUCUUUCUUUAAUCCUUUCUGUUUUAUCUGUGCGUUACAUGUGGAUGAAAUGGAAGAAACACAAAAAAAAGCUGAAAAAACAAGCCUCCUUAGAUACACUUGGUAAUGAUCUAGAAAGCCAGUCCUUCCAUGACAUUGACCAGAUACUCUGCAGACUGAUGGCUAAAACAUCAAUGAUGACCACAUAUCUGAAUCAGUCAUCCCCUUAUCUGCCAGCUAAGAAAGUCAAGCACCGAAAACCAAAGAGGAAGAAGACUGAAGGGAGAGUAGCCAGAAGAUAUCCAUACGCAAAGGUAGCUCAGUCCCAUAUGAAGAUUACACAACAAACCUAUUGAUAGAACUUAUAUAAGAAUAAAAAUUGUUC